GUUAACUAUAUUUAGAAUCUUCAAAACGAGAUUCCGCGGGAAUCUACUUUCAUUUUCAUUUCAAAAGAGACAAAGUGUAAACAAAGUUGUAAUUGUAAAUGUGAUCAUUUAUAUAAGAAAUUUAAAGCAAUAUGACAACAAUCCCUGUAAUUGAUUUCCAGCUUCAUGCUGUGGGAAAGGAAGGUUGUGUUGAAUUAGACAACCUUGGCUCAGAAAUGUGUCAAGCACUGGAGGGAAUAGGAUUCUGCUAUCUGAAAAAUCAUGGCAUCUCUGAGGAAAUUAUAAAUGAAGCAUUCAGAUCAUCAAAAGACUUCUUUUCACAGCCUGUGAAUGAAAAAGAAAAGUUUGCAAGAUCACAUAACUAUAAUUUUGGUUGGGUUGGACUAGAAGUUGAAAAAUUGAACCCAGAGAGACCCGUGGGAGACUAUAAAGAGGCUUGGAAUAUAACCCUAGAGGACCAUUCUUUGGAAUGGCCUUCUGAAAAAGUUCCCAACUUUAAGCCAUCUAUGCAAAAAUUAUAUGAGAUGUGUACAGAUCUGUCAAAGAGAAUAUUUGAUGUCAUUUCAGUUGGUCUAAAACUAGAUGAACAAAAAUUUCUUCAGAAUGGCCAUAAAAAUAUUGGAAGCACAGAAAACAAAACUACUCUGAGGUCAUUAUUUUAUCCUGCUCUCCAAGAAGUGAUGAAAGAAGGACAAGUAAGAUGUGGUGAACAUUCAGAUUAUGGCUCUUUGACUUUGUUAUUCCAGGAUCAGAUUGGUGGGUUAGAGGUUAUGAACUGUGAAGACCAGUAUGUACCUGCCACCCCAAUACCAGGCACUAUUGUUGUCAAUAUUGGUGACCUGAUGCAAAGAUGGACAGCUGAUAAAUUGAAGGCUACCAAACAUCGAGUGCUGAAUCCAAGUAAUGAACAACAGAGAAGGCAGAAUAGACAAUCAAUGGCAUUUUUUGUUCAUCCAGACGAUAAGUUAAUGAUUGAAUGUUUAGACAAAUCAAAUAAAUAUGAACCUAUCAGUAGCAUUGAUUACCUGAAUUCAAGAUUUAAAGCAACAUACUGAAAUGUACCAUAAUACAUAUUAUAUAUGUGAUUUAUUCUUAUUUAGCAAUCAUAUAUUUUUAAUUAAUUUUUAUGAUUAAUAUUUGACUUAUAAUGAUUUACUUUUACAUAUUGUUACUUGGAUGGAGAGUUGUCUCAUUGACACUCAUACCACACUUUGUCUUGUAUUUAUAUGAAUGUAUUAGAUGUAAGCCUCUCAUAUAAAAGUUAUAUUUUU